UGACACAGCCUUUACUCGGAGUUGUAGCUGAUGUCAGUCACAGUGGGACAGACCGGUCACAGAGUAACAUCGCUGGGCCUUCUUCUUCCUCCUCCUCUGCUCUUGUUACACUGUCUCAGAAUGAGAGCGAUAGCCAUGUCUUCCAGCUCGGCGAUGGUGCGGAUUCUGAUAAAGGGCGGUAAGGUGGUGAACGAUGACUGCACCCAGGAGGCCGACGUCUACAUCGAGAACGGCAUCAUCCAGCAGGUGGGGAAGGAGCUGAUGAUCCCCGGGGGGGCCAAGGUGAUCGAUGCCUCUGGAAAACUGGUUCUGCCCGGGGGGAUCGAUACCAGCGUCCACCUGGAAGAGAGCUUCAUGAAUGCCAUCACGGCUGAUGAUUACUACAGCGGCACCAAGGCUGCCUUGGCUGGUGGUACAACAAUGGUGAUCGGACACGUCCUGCCAGAGAGGAAUGAGUCUCUGCUGGAGGCCUACGAGAACUGCCGCAGCUCGGCGGACUCCAAAACCUGCUGUGACUACGCUUUGCAUGUGGGAGUUACUUGGUGGGGACCCAAGGUGAGAGCGGAAAUGGAGAAGCUUGUGAGAGAGAAAGGAGUUAAUUCCUUUCAGAUGUUCAUGGCUUACAAGGACAUGUUCAUGCUGAGGGACAGCGAGCUUUUCCAGGUCCUGCAGCACUGUAAAGACAUUGGAGCCAUUGCCAGGGUCCAUGCUGAGAAUGGGGAGCUGGUGGCAGAGGGUGCUAAGGAAGCGUUGGACCUGGGCAUAAGUGGUCCAGAGGGCAUUGAAAUCAGCCGGCCUGAGGAGCUGGAAGCAGAAGCCACGCACAGAGCAAUUACUAUCGGCAACAGGGCCCACUGUCCAGUCUAUCUUGUAAAUGUGUCCAGCAUGUCUGCAGGAGAUGUAGUGGCCUCUGCCAAGAUGCAAGGUAAGGUGGUCCAUGGAGAAACAAGCACAGCCCACGCUGUCCUGAAUGGCAUGCAGUACUAUCAUCAGGACUGGUCCCACGCGGCUGCCCAUGUCACCGUACCUCCCCUUCGCCUGGACCCCAAUACUCCCAAUUUCCUAAUGAGUCUGCUGGGAAAUGACACCCUGAACGUGUUGGCAUCUGACCAUCGUCCAUUUACCAUUAAACAGAGAGCCAUGGGUAAGGAUGAUUUCACAAAGAUCCCCCACGGGCUGCCUGGCAUUCAAGACCGCAUGAGCAUCAUCUGGGAAAAGGGAGUGAUCGGAGGUAAAAUGGAUGAGAAUCGCUUUGUGGCAGUCACAAGCUCAAAUGCAGCCAAGAUCUACAACCUCUACCCCAGGAAAGGCAGGAUCAUCGCUGGAGCAGAUGCUGAUGUGGUGGUCUGGGAUCCCGAGGGAUCCAAGACCAUCUCAGUGGAUAACCAGGUCCAGGGAGGCGAUAUAAACCUGUAUGAAGGUCUCCGUUGUCACGGGGUGCCCCUGGUUACCAUCAGCCGUGGGCGACUGGUCUAUGAAAACGGCAUGUUCACAUGUGCCGAGGGCUCUGGGAAGUUUUGCCCACUGAGAACUUUCCCAGAUUACCUCUACAAGAAGAUGGUUCAGAGGGAAAAGAGCCAGGCGGUGAAAGCUGUGGAGCGAGAGCCCUACACGGGUGACGUUGUUGCCGUGGCAAAUUCAGGAAAGAGGGACUUGGGAGUUCAAGAUCUGGACACUCCGACAAGGCCCUGCACCCGGCAUGGGGGCUUGAGGGACCUCCACGAGUCCAGCUUCAGCCUGUCUGGUGCUCAGAUCGACGACAACAUUCCAAAGAGAUCCUCAGCAAGGAUCUUGGCUCCUCCUGGUGGGAGGUCCAGCGGGAUCUGGUAACCAAUAAGAUAGCCAUUGCAUAACGUGAAAGAAUGGCACCAGAGUAAAACACAAAGGCCAAGCAGGAAUACUCAGUUUUAUUUCUGGAAUCUUAGAAUAUGUGUGGAAUAAUGGAAUCAUGUUUUUUUUAUUUUAUUUGACGGUUAUUUAGAACUGUAAAUUUGUAUGACUUUGCCCUAACAACAUUGCAGAAUGACGAGGCAAAACGUUGGCUAAGUGGUUGUAGCUACCAAAAUACCAUUCCCAUGUUAAUCAAAUAUGAGCAGCAUUUGAAAAUUAGUUGCCAUUGAGUUACUUUGGUUAUUGGAUCAUGUUAGGGAAAAACUUUGUAGCUUGCCCAUAGCUUUAGGAAUAUGAAAGUGAGUCAUGGUUUUUAUGAUGCGAUUGUGUUACCUCACUGUAAAAUACAAUUUUGCACUUGUAUCAUGUACUAUUUAGAUGCCUUUUUACAUGAUUUAAUGUCACUAUAUGUCUUUUUACUGUGAGCCAUGGUGAAUGAAAGGUAAUUGAUAAUUACAAGUCUGCUGCCUGACCUAAGUAUGUCAGGGAUAAAACAAAUAGUUGCUAUCAGUCAACUGAUGAAGCAUUAUCUGUGUUGUUUUCCUCUAAAGAUAGGAUUACUUCAUGAAGAAAAAUGUGGUCUGUGUUCAGUGGUUCAUCAUUGCCAGGUUGUUGUUUGAGAUUCUUUUUACAGUGGUUUGGUAGAAUGGACAUCUGUUCCACCUCACCAAAUCUGAAUGAAACUGCUGUGACUUCUCUGCAUGAUAGCAUUGCUAGAACAACUUUGUCAAGCACAACUAUUGGUUAUCCUACGCUGCAGUUUUGUGCUUGUUUUCAUUUCCACGUAGAGCAAAAAGUCUCACCCAAAUUGCCUUUUGACACAGACACUCUUGAACGUAUGGACCCACACCGCCAGUUCUGAUCCUGACAUGUUGAUCACUGUCAUUUUUUUCAUUUUUUUUUUUUUACAGCUCUGACUUACUCUGGCCUGAAAGGGCACAGUGUAAAUGUUCCUCUGACACACACUUCUAAUGAAACACACCACUGUGAAGCAUGUAGAAAACAUGAUGGGAUCAUAUUCUGCAUCCGGAAUGUUACAAUGUUAUUCAGUUUAUGCCAAGUGUCUGCAAGGGAACAAAUGCCUUCCUAAGUCACCAAAAGUUUAUAUGUCUGUUGAGCAACUACAGCACUGAUACCUUCAUAAGCUCUCUGUUACUGUAUAUUUUGUGUUUUGUAUUAUUAGUUUCUUAAAUUUACGUGUGAAUAAUUAUCUUAGUAACUGAUUUUACUCAGUUUUUGUUAAGCUGAAACCAGUAUGCACACUGCUCAUUGCUGUUUGAAUUUUGGACAGAUUUCUCUUUGGUCUUUUCCCUCCCAGAUGUACAGUGGUGCUGAGUGAUGUGUUAUCACAUUGAAAUCCUGUAUCUCUUUUCCUUCCUUGCAGCUCUUUAUCACAUGAUUUGAGUGCAAAUAAACCACAAUGAAACCAUUGAUUGUGUGAUCCCUGAUGAGUGGUGAGAAGCGCAUUGUGGAUACCUGUACUUAGGUAGUUGAGUUAAUCCUAUUAGCCCUAUAGCUCCC